AUGAUCCUUCAGUCCUGCAGCCAGAGCCGAGCGGAUGAAGAUGCACAGAGACAGAAAGGUGUUUGGUGCUAUCUGCCCCAACCAAAUGGGCCAAGAGGAGAGGAGAGCUGCAGUAAGCAAAAAGGAUAAAGUGUUGGUGCCAAGAAGCAGCAGUCCACUCACUGUGUACGUGGGGCUUCCCUGCAUCAUUGAACAAGCUUUUUCAACAAUUGCAUGGGAUGAUUUGGAUGACUGUGCGUCUGUGGUGAGACGGGAAAGCGACUCCCUCGGCUCUCAGGUGAAUGAAUCUGAUGCAGAUGACCAAGAUUUUGGAGAUUAUGCGCUGGAUUUCAUGGCAGAUUCUCCUGCCACACUGGAGAGCAGUCUGUCUCCAGCUGAACUGGUGCCAUUUCAGGGAUGUAUCAUACCUCCCCUCACCCCUCAGCGGUACUUUUCUUCAGAGGACAGCCUGGUUCACUCAUCCACAGAAGCAGGCAACCCAUCUGCCCAAGACAGAGCUCUGUGGAGGGGCAUUUCCCAGUGCCAAGGUGCUGCGUUGGGAGAUUCCUUGGAAGUCAACAAUCAGCUCCAUGAGACUCUAUUCAGGAAACAGGAAGAGAUCGGCUCCCUUCAGGAGAGAAACCUUCACCUCAGGCAGCUGGCCAGCCGUGCAAAGCACCUGGCCUCGGUACUUGAAAAACUCAUGACAGUCAGGGACCCACAUGUAAGAGAGCCGGUGAUGCCUUGCGGUGAUAAUACUUCACUGAGUCCUUGUAAGCGGCAGCGACUGGAUGAAGGAUAUGAAACCGAGUCUUCUGACUCAGUGGAGGACAUGCUGAGGGACAUCAGCACACGCUGCAAUGCUGUGCUGCACGGCAGCGCUGCUACUGGAACAAGACCCCAGCAGGAAUCAGAGACUAUUCGCAUGUACGGCUCAUUCUCAGGCCUACAGACUAUUUCCAAAGACUGCAGUGUGGAUGGAGCCGAGCCUGAAGAAAGCGUCUCAUCUUUCAGAACCUCUGUUCGAGAACACUGCACAAUAAGGACUCAGGUGUUUCCUCAUGGACGCGCCUUCACCUCAAGGACUCAGCAAGGAGGGUACCGCUUUCGCUGGGUUCCCGACCACAGUUGAAAUCAGGGUUAACAGAUGUAAAAUUCAAGUAAUUUGUGCUUCUGAUCAGUGAUUUGAAAAGUGCCAUACGUCUACUCAAGACUGGAAGGAAAUGUGGGUGGGCAGGGACUGUUAAUGCUUAACUAAUAAUCUAUAGUGAUAUCUGUGAAUGAUUAAAUGAUGUCUUCCUCAGGUAGCUUGUAAGCUAAUCAGUCAGAGGUGGUGCCUGACCAAGGAAAUAAUACUGCCUAAGCUUUUGUUUUCAUUGUGUUUCUGUUUACACAUCUCAAAAUGUAAUGAUCUAGCCAAACAAUGGGGCAAUGUCAUGUUUAUUUAUACAUCUCGCAUUAUGUUCUGUGUUGGGAAAUAGAAAUGACUCUACAAGUUUGGAAAUAAAAGUUAUGUUUUAUAAA